CACGUUUGUUCUCCCAUUUGCCACUACCACCAGCGUCUACCUUUGCCUAUAAAUUACCCUUCUUCACUCUUCUACUUCAACCAUGGAUAAAUUUCUCGCCCCCAACACGCUGGAAGCCACCGCUCAUAACCAUCUCAUGGAGAAUUAUUUCACUUGGCAGACAGAUAAACCAUCCGUUGAUGAAGCACUCAUCUCUGGAUGUGCCUCUUACCGCGCUUUCGACCGUUACCUCACUGGUGCAGAUCUGUAUCUCUUACCCCGUACAAGGUCCGAGUUGGAGAACAUUUUGCGAAGAUAUUCGUAUGACGCUAUCCACAAUGCCAUUGCAAAAAGUCGCUCCACCCUACAGCCUGGUGGCUACAGCAGGAUAUGCCAUCGUGCAGAAGAUUCUAUCCGCAAUGUCCUCAACACCGGUGAUAAUCUCCAGAUCUUACUGGCCCUGCACCACCCCACCGAUGACAACGUAAAUCAUGACGCUGACUGCAACACGCAUACCAUCACAACCACUUGAACUUUUCUUGGUACCCCCCGUUCCGUUAACUUAUUGUUCUUGUUCUCCGUUGUAGUUUAUGUAAAUAAUGCCUUGUACUAUUUUUCAGUCAUUCAUGA